AUGUCAGACAGAUCAAGGAUCAUUAUCGAGGCGAUUCUGAACUUAAAACACGCCAUCAGCGGAUCCGUACGACUGACGGACACAACGGUGUAUGUGGCCGCCGGUCGUCCAGUCAACCGAACACUGAAUACUUUCCGAACAGGCUUUCUGAAGCAGGACACUUACAACGCGACUGAAGCUGUGUUGUUAAACGAGGUUCUGUUUCAAGGCGACAUCCGUCUCAGGGUGGAGGAAGCCAGGGAGAUACUCAACUCCAUCUCCAAACGACGUCGCAAACGGAAGAUAACAGCCAACCAGGACAAGUGGUGGACGCUGCCCAUACCCUAUCGAUUUGAUGACAAAUUGAGCUUUAAGACGGGUGUUGCAGACAUGACGGAGAAGGGUCACAUCCUGGAAGGUGUGCGACACUGGGAGGAAAACACUUGCAUCCGGUUCCAAGAGGUUCCAGCUGAUACCACUCUCAGCCCUGUGUUAUUGUUCAGGAAACACACCGGAUGCUGGUCCUAUGUCGGCAAGGAGAAUGCAUUUAAACUACAGGAAAUAUCAGUGGGAGAAGGCUGUUUCUCUCUGGGCAUCGUAGUGCAUGAGCUGGGACACGCUAUUGGGUUUUGGCACGAGCAUUCUCGCCCUGACCGUGACGACCACAUCAGGGUCAAGUAUGAGAACGUCCGCGUCGGCGAGGACUUCAACUUCUUAAAAGAAUCUUGGCGUUACCUUGACAACCUGGAUGUGCCAUACGAUAUAGGAUCUGUCAUGCACUAUGGCGCCACGGCGUUUUCUGUUGGAAGCAAGGCAACGAUAGAAACUCUGGAACCUUUGGAACAGAACGUUCUGGGCCAACGCCAAAUGUUGUCUUUCUAUGACGCCAAGCAGGCCAACCUCGCAUACUGUAAAGCGUCUUGUGGUGGAGUUGUGCAGAUCGAGGGUCGGGAAACAUACACCAUCCAAACUCCCGGGUACCCAUUUCACUACCAGCCCAACGUGCAGUGUAACUGGCUGAUCAAGGCGGCCAAUGACAAGGUUGUCAACCUGAUGCCAAUCCAAGAUGGCUUCAUUUCCCCACAACCAUCUUGUGACAGCUUUGGUGGAAAUGUCUGUGAUGAGGAAUAUACUGAAAUCAAGUACAGAGUCAGCAUGGCCAAGACAGGAGCCAGCUUCCUGUGGUGGCUGCGUGGAGCAGACGACGACCGACCAGCCAGCGUGUAUGGUGCAGGAGACGAGGUGGUGUCCGAAGAAGUGGACAUUCAAGGAGUGGGUUUCAUGUCCAGUCUUCUUCAGACCCGUGGGAUGGAGAUGCGGAUAUUACGCGUGAGUGACUCAUUUCAUAAACCUUGA